GAGGUGCAAUUAAUGAGCAAGGCGAAUUCAAUAAAUUUAUUUUUUCUAUUUUACAAAACACAUAUUUUUAUUAAUUAUUAAUUACUAUGUUUUACCAGAUAUUUUAUUCAUAUGUAAUAAAACCUUUAUAGAUAUAAGUAUAAUUUAAGUUUACAAAAACAUGUUAAAUGUAUAUGGAAUGGAAAACUCUAUGCGUACAAUUAUUAUGUAUCGAUCUACGAUCGAAAAAUUAACAGCUGUUUUGUUAUCAAUCCUAUAGCGUGUGAUGUAAUUUAUCCACACAAUUCCAUAUUGUUGGUCAUUAGAUUGUGAUAGUCUAAUGAUUUAUCAGUUUUGUAUUGUUAUCUUAAUUUAUUUUUGUAAUUAGCGUACAAUCAUGUUUAAGUUAUUGAAAUUGUUUAGAAGCCCCAUAACACAACAAAUACCUCGUAACACAGCCCGACUUUUGCAUGUUGGCGAUGCUGAUGUUUUGUCAAGCUCAAUUGAUAAGAAUUCUGUUGAGUUUAAGGAAAAUGUUGUGGAAAUGACAAAUUUGGUAAACCAGCUAGAUGACAUCACUCGGCAAAUUCUGACUGGUGGUGGAACUACAGCAAUCGAGCGCCACACUUCACGAGGCAAACUUUUGCCCAGAGAACGCAUCAAUUUAUUACUAGACAAAGGAUCAUCAUUUCUUGAAUUAAGCACUUUGGCGGGAUACGAAUUGUAUGGAAAAGAUAUAGUCAAUUCAGGCGGUAUUGUUACUGGCGUAGGUAGAAUAUGUGGAACUGAGUGCGUUAUUGUUGCUAAUGAUGCUACGGUUAAAGGAGGUUCUUACUAUCCAAUUACUGUGAAGAAACAUUUACGUGCUCAGGAGAUUGCACAAGAAAAUCGUUUGCCGUGUGUCUACUUAGUAGAUUCUGGUGGGGCCAACUUACCACGUCAGGCAGAAGUUUUUCCAGACAAGCUACAUUUUGGACGCAUUUUUUAUAACCAAGCUAACAUGUCAGCUUUAGGUAUACCUCAGAUUGCAGUGGUGAUGGGAAGUUGUACGGCUGGAGGCGCCUACGUUCCGGCCAUGGCCGAUGAAAGCAUUAUUGUUAAAAAACAAGGUACCAUAUUUUUAGCUGGUCCUCCUUUAGUAAAAGCUGCUACAGGUGAAGAAGUAUCUGCUGAAGACUUGGGUGGCGCUGAUUUACACUGUAAAACUUCUGGUGUAACCGAUCACUAUGCGGUGGAUGAUGAACAUGCAAUUUAUUUAGCUAGGCAGGUUGUGCGUAAUUUAAACUUGCCCUCAACAAAUAGCUACAAUGAAAAAUUGUUAUAUUCAAGUCAAAUGGCAAAUCGAACCGUCAAUGCCAAAGACACUGAUAUGAUCGAAGAGCCAAAAUAUGACCAAUAUGAAUUAUAUGGAAUUGUGGGCACUACAUUGACUAAGAGUUUUGACGUGCGUGAGGUCAUAGCACGAAUAGUGGACGGAAGUCGUUUUACAGAAUUCAAAAAACUAUAUGGCGAGACAUUGGUAUGCGGUUUUGCGAAACUAUACGGUCAUACAGUAGGAAUAAUCGGAAACAAUGGUGUACUAUUUUCGGAGAGUGCUUUAAAAGGCGCUCAUUUUAUUCAGUUAUGCGCACAGCGGAAUAUACCAUUAGUAUUUUUACAGAAUAUUACUGGUUUUAUGGUUGGUCGCGAUGCUGAGGCCAAUGGAAUUGCAAAGAAUGGUGCGAAAAUGGUGACUGCUGUAGCUUGUGCAAAUGUGCCUAAAUUUACAGUUAUCAUCGGAGGAUCUUAUGGUGCUGGAAAUUACGGAAUGUGUGGUCGCGCGUAUUCACCACGUUUUCUCUACAUGUGGCCGAAUUCCCGAAUUUCCGUGAUGGGCGGCACUCAGGCAGCCAAUGUUCUGGCGCAAAUAACGGCAGAUCAACGUAAACGUGCUGGCAAAGACUUUACCGAGGAAGAGGCCAAUAAGUUGAAGGCACCUAUUAUCGAAACAUUUGAAAAGGAGGGCUCACCUUAUUAUAGUACUGCCCGUUUAUGGGAUGACGGUAUCAUUGAUCCAGCGAAUACACGUCAAGUGUUAGGCUUAAGUUUAAAAGCGGCUUUGAAUAACGCUAGUCAAUCUACACGGUUUGGUGUAUUCCGCAUGUAAAAUAUUGAAGUGGAUAUGUGGACGCAUGUUGCAUUUAUUUUUGAUAUAAUUGUAUUUCAUUGUGAAUAUUUUUUGUGGAAACUGUUGCAUUUAUUAGAGUUAAGACACAUUUUUUAAACAAUUAUUGUGAGUUUACAAGUAACAUAAUGCAAAAUGGUUAUAUACUUAGGAUUAAAUAUUUUUGCAAGAUAU